CUCCCUCCUCCUGGCCCUCGCCUCGUGAUGCUCUGACCCGGAAGAGAAAAAAAGGAAAUGGCGUGAACCGCCCGUGUUUGCUUUUUAAUCGCUGACCUCGGAUUUCGUUGCCAUGCAGAGAGAGGAAAAGCAGCUUGAGCUAUCCCUGGAGGGUCUUAUCAGUCAAGUGGCUGACCUGAAGAACUCCUUGGUCAGUUUCAUUUACAAGCUGGAGAAUGAAUAUGACCGUCUCACUUGGCCCUCUGUGCUAGAUAGUUUUGCUCUGCUCUCAGGGCAACUUAAUACUUUGAACAAAGUGCUGAAGCAUGAGAAGACUCCACUGUUGCGCAAUCAGGUUAUUAUCCCUUUAGUAUUAUCGCCAGAUCGGGAUGAAGAGAUAAUGCGGCAGACAGAAGGACGAGUACCAGUGUUCAGCCAUGAAGUUGUACCUGAUCAUCUGCGAACUAAGCCUGAUCCUGAGGUAGAGGAGCAAGAGAAGCAGCUAAGCACAGAUGCAGCUCGUAUUGGCACUGAUGUGGCACAGAAACAGAUUCAAAGCCUAAACAAAAUGUGUUCGAACUUGCUAGAGAAAAUCAACAAAGAAGAUCGAGAAUCUGAAAGUGGAGGUUUACGCCAGAACAAGCAGACAUUCAACCCUGCUGAUACCAAUGCCCUAGUUGCAGCUGUAGCCUUUGGAAAAGGAUUGUCCAACAGACGUCCACCAGGAGUGGGAAGUUCUGUUCCAACCAGUCAGCAAGCUGCCAAUGCCAUCAUAGCUGGUGCUUCUACCAUGCAACAAGUACAAAUGUCAGGCGCACCAAAUCAGCCGCAGCCUAUGCUUGGAGGAGUGCAGAUGCCACAAGCAGGGCAACCAGGUAAGAUGCCCAGUGGCAUAAAAACGAAUAUCAAAUCUGCUUCAAUGCAUCCCUAUCAAAGAUGAGUGGGAAGUAUUCUGGUGUAUUGCUGGUCCUGGAUUUCAUUUCCAAGUCAACACUUCUUCAAGUUGUUCUCAGCAAUUAAACUUGGAGUCUUCUCUGAAGAUCACUUGGAUCAUUUAUUAAUACAACUGCAUUGAUCCAGGAUACAAGAAUAUAGACGUGUAUUUUUCAUUCCAAAUGAUAGAGGCAAUUUUGAGAUAAGAGACCAGUUCAGAUAGCUAAAUCAAGAUGGUAAACAACUUUCUUUUUUACUAAUGUAAGCAACCUGAUUCUUUGAGGUGGUGCACCUGUUUUGGAAUUGCCUGUUGGUGACUGAGAUUAUAUGAGACACGCAAGUUAUAACAUUUUUUUAAAAAAAUAAUAAAGUUCAAGUGCUCUUU